UUCAAGUUUCAAUUUCCUCGAAUACAAGAAGCUUCUGUCGUUCAUUGGGUCAUUUUCCCCAGCUUCUUGCGCCAAGACACAAUUCCAACGUCAAUUAGAAAAAUCGAAAUGGGCUCCACGGCUCUCAAUCAGCUGUAGGUAUCGACCGUGGCUUCAAUCUUGUUUCUUUCUUCCUUAUCGUCGUCUACAAUUCUAGCCUUCCUUACUUAAUAUAUCCCGUGGCCUCAAUGCUGCAUCAUCUCCCGCAACACCGGUGAAGAGGGACACCCUCCUCCCGCCCCCGAUGCCUGAACCCACUUCUCGACCCGUCGGCGGCACCGAGUACAGCUGGUGCAAGUCCGUCCUCUCUGGCACCGGGAUUACAGUUCUCGGUCUCCUCCUCUCCAAAUCCCCUGACGUCUCAUUCCUUCAAACUGCACUCCGCAAUCUUCAAAAUUCCCACCCUAUCCUCCGCUCAAAACUCCAUCUGGACGCCUCUACCAACACCUUCCAUUUCAUAACUCAUCCUGAUCCUCACAUCCAAAUCACGCCCUUUGAUCUGCAAUACACGUCUCGCAUCAUCGGGAGUGAAUCAAACGAUCACCCUAUCAGCCCCUUCCAUCGGAUCCUCGAGUAUGAGCUGAAUCGGAACUCGUGGCGUGAUCAUAGCGGCUCAAUGCCCGCUGACGCCGACGUCUUCCAUGCGAGCCUCUACGCGGUAAGCGAUUGCCAAUGGGCUGUGUUUUUCCGGCUUCACACGUCAGCAUGCGAUCGUGCGGCGGCGGUGGCGCUGCUGAAGGAACUGCUGGAGCAAGUGGGUGGAAGAGUAAAAGAAGGGAAAGGGACGAAGAUGGAAUUGGGGAGAAAAGAGAAGAUCAGGUUGGCGAUCGAGGAUCUCAUUCCAGAGGGGAAGGCCAACAAGCGAUUUUGGGCGCGUGGAUUGGACGUGCUAGGAUAUUCCUUGAACUCCUUUAGGUUCGCGAAUUUGGAUUUCGUGGAUGCUGAUUCCCCGAGAAGCUCUAAGGUAGCCAAAUUGCAGUUGAACACGGACGAAACAGAGAGGCUAAUUGCUGGAUGUAAAUCAAGAGGAAUCAAGCUUUGUGGGGCACUUGCGGCAGCUGGAAUGAUCGCCUCAUGGGCGUCUAAGCACCGUCCUGAUUAUGAGAAAGAGAAAUAUGCCGUAGUAACUCUCGCUGAUUGCCGCACAAUUCUUGAUCCAAUCCUUAACAGCAACGAUCUUGGAUUUUAUCAUUCUGCUAUCUUAAACACACACGAUGUGGGCGGAGAAACUCUUUGGGAGCUGGCAAAGAGAAGUUACAUGGCCUUUGAAAAUGCCAAGAAGUGCAACAAGCAUUUCACAGACAUGUCUGACCUCAACUACCUAAUGUGCAAAGCCAUUGACAACCCGGGCUUGACGCCAUCCUCGUCACAGAGGACGGCCUUAAUUUCAGUGUUUGAAGACCCUGUCAUUGAGGAUUCAGCAUCAGAUGAAAUGCAUCAAGAGGUUGGGUUGGAAGACUAUGAGGGCUGCUCUUCCGUCCAUGGCGUGGGGCCAUCCAUAGCCAUAUUUGACACCGUACGGAGGGGAAGAUUGAAUUGCACAUGUGUAUAUCCCUCACCGCUUCACUCUAGGGAGCAGGUACUAAUGCUAGUCGAUCAUAUGAAGAAAAUCCUAGUGAAUGCUGAUAACUUUGAUGGAUCAGUAAAUUGAACUGUCAUGGCUAUCGUAUGUUGACCAAUUCAUUGCCCAGCUUUACCCCGCGAGUCAAUGAAGUUGUGAAUUCUUACAUGAUCUAUUGAGAACAAAUAUUUUCCCAUCAGGAAAAUGAGAACAGUUGAAUCAAAGAUGCCAUGACAUCAGAAAUAUAAACUAAUGUUUAGUGACUA